AUGAGCAUGCCGCCCCUGGUCCGUGAGGAUGGCGCUUCCGAGACUUCUUCCAUCUCCAGCCCGCCGCUGUCUCCCCCGCAGGAUGUAAUCGCCGUCGCACCCCGAGCCCCUGACCAACGCCCACCCCAAUAUCCCGCGGAAGGUGUUGUUACCGCUUCGGGAACGCCCGCCCAUACCAUUGCAGCCCAGAACACUGCUGCACACAACGCCAACGCUUCUUUGCCCAAUGCAAAUGCAGAUCCACCUGCACCCGCCAAACCCAAGCGACAGAGGAAGGCGAAAGAGAAUAAAGAUGAUAGACCCGCCGUCGACGAGAAACCGAAAAGGGGCCGCAAACCUCGCGAGCCCAAGAUCAAGCACGAGCCUCCAUCCACCACUGCUGCAGCGUCUCGCAAGCGUCAGAAGACGGAGGAUAAGUCGGCUGUUGCCCGUCAGUCGACACUGACCGAGAUGGUCAAUCACUUUCCACCUCCUGCCGUCCCCGCCAGUGCACCUCGACAUCAGCAAUCCUAUCCGUCGUCGCCGCAACCUCCACCACCUCGGCCUCAACAUACAACAUCGACCGAUGCUGGACUUCGCAGCAGCUUACCGCCGUAUGCUUCCAAUCCCCCAACACCGAGGCCGAUAUCGAGUGGUCAAAACUACGAUCCGAUUCGAGGCGCGACAAGAGACUCUGCUCCACCCGCACGCACUUCAAUGCCUUCGACAACAAACGGCACCCAUUCUUCACAGCCGUCACCGCACAUCAAUCCGGCCUCCGCUUCGCCGUCAAUCAUCAGUUUGAUUGAUCCGCAACCAUCGACAAAGACCUCGGCCGCGACCAUGCCCUCUCAUUCGCCAACCAUGCAGCCUCAACAUCAACAACAACCGCCGCCCUUUGUCGCAUCACAGCAUUCUCCAACACCGUCCAGACCCCCACCUACUUUAACCCCCGCCAUGUCUGCUCCUCCACACUCGAACCAAUCCAUCCCCAUCCCCAAACAAGCCAUGGACGGAGCAAGGGACAUCGAUGGUCCGGCAUGUAAGUCAGCUCAGCCUGAAGUCAGAGUCCCCCACUCCAAGUCUUCAUCAUCCGCGCCUACGCCAAAGCCGAUUCCGGCCAGAGCCAGUUCGCCUCCCAAGGCAACGGGUAGUGGCUUGCUGUCCAGCAGUGACCUGUUCGGCGGACCCUCAUCGAACCAAGGCGCAGAGCGGAGAGGUGUCGAUAUCGAAAUCCAGAUCAAACUCGAUCCUGCGGGUGGCAACACCAUCAACAUGGCCCAAGAAAUUGCAAAGAGAUACGGCCGCGACGCGAUCAAUCCUCGCGCUGCAGCACAUCGUGAGCGUCUCUUUCAGGUCGCUGCCGCGGCGAAUAAGCUCGAAGGCGGCUCGGCCGAUGACAUGUCCGUCGACUUGAUGUCCGAAGCCGACGGAGACAGCAAUGUGGAAAUGGGCGGCAUGGACGAAGAGAAGAGCACCACGGACGAUCCGAAGCCUCGCAAGCGGAGAAAGAAGGUUGAGGAAUACGACAAGGAGGACGAUUUCAUCGACGAUACGGAAUUGGCAUGGCAAGAACAAGCUGCUGUUGCCAAGGAUGGAUUCUUCGUCUACUCUGGUCCUCUUGUCCGUGAAGGCGAAAAGGCUCAGGUGGACUCUGCCACUGGCACCACGGGACGCGGACGCGGGGGAAGAGGCAGAGGGAGAGGACGCGCUGCUGCUAAUGCUGCUGCGUCGGGCGGCGCGACGCAUGCGUCUGUGGCGGAGAAGAACGCGACUACGACCGGUAGGGGGCGCGGACGGGGUAGAGGGACUGGAGCUCCUCGGAAGCCGAGGAUUACAAAGGCUGAUCGGGAGAGAAUGGAAGCGGAAAAGGCUGAGCGGGAGAGGAUGGGUAAUCCCGGUGCGAGUGCCAUGUUGGCUCCUCCAACUCUGCAGGUACAGCAGCAGACCACCAGUACCCCCACUGGCCCUGCUACUGCGGCUUAUUAUGGGGCUCAGCAGACGGCCGUCGCGCAGUAG